AUGUCCAGCGAAGCCAACGGAAAAUCGAGCCUCGAAACUUUCCCACUAUGGAUAGAUGGAGCCACAUACAAAUCUCACAAUGUGGAUAAGUUCGCUGUCUUCUCAGCCAAAGAAGGGAAAGACGUCCACUUCGCCCAAUCCGCCACUGCAGAGGUCGCCGAACAGGCCGCAGAAAGCGCAGCACGAGCAAUGCCAGCAUGGGAGAGCCAAUUCUCCUGCUCGGCGAGACGAGAGAUCCUCGAACGCUUCGCAGGCUUGAUCGAGACUCGUCAGCAGGAACUCGUCGAUGCUCAGGUCCAGGAGACGAGCACCUCGGAGACUUGGGCGCGGUUCAAUAUUGAGUACAGCGUGGGGAUGAUCAGGGAGAUUGCCGCUCGCGUCACUGCUGUGUGCACGGGCGAGAUGCCACCUAUGUCUGCGACGGGGACUUUUGGCAUGGUUAUUCGCAAGCCGAUCGGUGUUGUCUUGCUUAUUGCUCCUUGGAACGCAAGCGUCAUUCUAGCCUCCCGCAGCCUGGCGUCCAUCCUCGCAGCAGGUUGCACGGUCGUGUUCAAGGCAUCAGAACUGUGUCCCAAAGUACACCACCUCCUGCUCGAGCUCCUGAUCGAGGCCGGAGUACCUGCCAACGUGGUCAGUGUGAUUCAGACCAGUCGUGAGGAUGCCGGCCCGGUGACUGAAGCCUUGAUCGUCCAUCCUGCCAUCCGGAAGAUUGAGUUCAUCGGCAGCGCCCCUGUCGGUCGGAUCAUAGGCUCACUGGCGGGAAAGUAUCUCAAGCCAGUGUUGAUGGAGCUUGGAGGGAAGUGUGCGGCUGUCGUGCUGAGAGAUGCUGAUUUGAAUCACGCUGCAGAGAAGUGUAUCACAGGAGGUUUCAUCAACCACGGACAAGUCUGCUUCUCCACGGAACGCAUCAUCGUCGAGAAGCAAGUUGCAGACGACUUCAUCGCCCUCCUCAAACAGAAAGCCAACGUCUGGCCCCAAGACCGAGGAGUGAGCGCCCGCAUCAUCCAAGCAGCUCAUGACAAGCUCGCCGACGCUCAUGCAAAAGGAGCAACGUUCCUUCUGGGAGAGCCUGCUUACACCUCGAAGACCUCCCUGGCCCCGGCCAUCCUCACCAACGUGACCAAAGACAUGGACAUGUGGGACGAAGAGACCUUCGGGCCCUCUACCACCGUCAUCGUCGUCGACGGCGAGGAAGAGGCUAUCAAGGUCGUCAAUGAGUCCAAGUACGGUCUUGAUGCGUUCCUCUUCACGCGCGAUAUGAAGAAAGCGGUGGAUAUCGCUCGCAGACUGGAGGUUGGGAGGGUGAGGGUGAAUUCUUCGGGUCAUGAACGUCAGUCUACGUUCCCGACCGCCCCUGUUAAGAACAGCGGUUGGGGAACGAAUAACGCGGGCCAUGGCAUUGAGGAGUUUUUGGUGAAGCAAGUUGUUACUAUGGACUUUCGAUAG